AUGCCUCCCACGGAAAGGAAGAAUAAUCUCGAUCUCUCGAUACAGCUCCUUCACCCAGACACGCCCCUCCACGGAGGCAGCGUCGUUCUCGGCCAUGUCGUCCGCAAAUCGCACAUUGUCGCCGCCAACGCCACAGUCAGCGUCCGCCUUUUCGGCCGCGCGAAAGCAAAACUCGUCGUCUCCCGUGGCAAUAACCAAAAGAGCUACUAUCGCUCCCGCUUCAAUUUUUGGUCCGAGAACGCUGCCGCCGAUGUAGUCCACCGCGGACCUAUCCACGUCGCGCCCGGAGCCGGAGGGCAACCUGUAUCUUGGCCUUUUGCGCUCGCGCUGCCGACGCAUACGGAUGCAAGGGCCGUGAAUGCCUGUGGCGGGGAUAGCGCCAAGGAGGCGUGCUUCUUGCGCCCCAACAUCGGUGGUCAUGCCGGCCUAGGGCUGCCCGAGCAACCGUUGCCCGGGACGUUUCAUUUCGAUGGGUCUGGGUUCAAUAAGAGUUGGCAUGGCUUCGUGGAGUACUGGAUCGAGGCCGAGCUGACGGUGCACGGCAAAAGCACCGUCGUGAAGGCGGCGAUGCCUGUUAGGGUGUUUUCGCCUCCGGUACCAUCGCCAAUGAUCAGCGACUUUAGGCUGGAGAGACGGAACAAAGCUGGAUGCGUGAGCAGCCAGCGGUUGCUACCAGGAAUGACGGACGCGGAGCUGUCUUUCAAGCAAAAGACGCAAAAGUUCUUUGGCUCGUCCAAAGUCCCCACCUUCCACUACACCCUCGAUGUGCAGUAUCCAACGGUGAUUCAGCUGGGCAACGAGGCGACCAUCCCGUUCCUUCUUCAUCUGACACCAUCCAGAGAUCGCACGUCAGAGAUCAUCGAGGACGUGCCGCAGACAGUGACAAUAGAGCAGAUGGAGCUGGAGCUACAGACGACGACAGGCAUCAUUUGCCCCGGAACACUCGAUCCACACGACGCAAGCAAGACGCGGAAACUUUGCCUGGCGCGACUGAAGCAUCUUUUCCAAGCCCCAGAUAGCACCAUUGUCGUUCCCUCGGGUCCCAAGGAAGUCCCACUAGACCUCGGCGCCGUACUGGAUCUACGUAUCGACGCGCUGGGUCGACUAGUCCUCGGACAGAGAAACGGUGCAGGUUCGUUUGGUCAGACGGUCGUACCCACCUUUGUAACGUAUUGCGUAAAGAUUGAGCACGUGUUGCAAUGGGAGGUGAAGCUGUCGGUGGCUGGGGAGAGCUGGAAGUGCGAGGGAAGUCAAAAGCUGCUUGUCCUGGCACCAGAUGAGGAUACAGCAAGUGGGAGGACGAGAGCGUCUGCGGUUGCUUCUUCAUCGAGUGCGUCGCCGCCGCCGCCUGCUGAAGAGGUUCCUGCUUACGAUGAGCCUAGCGAGGCGGCGCCAGCAUAUGAGAAGGUCGUGGGCGGUGGGAAGGAAGCACCCGCCAUUGGGGGGAAGUCGUGA